UGAAGGGCAAAUGAAAGAGUAAACAGCUUUCUAGUUAAGAAUAUUACAUUAACAAAUCUUUUCCUUUCUGUUUCAAGUAUUUCCUCGGAACAUCUGUAGAAGAGUAAAAGGAUUUGAAAACUGCAUUCUAGAGAAAUUUGGGUAGUUUCUGUUACACGGAACAAUGCUGAAAUUUCAAGAAACUGCUAAGCAUGUCAGCGUUUCCAGCUCUAAUUCUGCUUGCUCAGAUGCUGCUAUCGGAAGGAGAUACACCAUUCAGAGGAAACUUGGCAAUGGGAGCUUUGGAAGUGUGUAUCUGGUUUCUGACAAGAAAGCAAAACAAGGAGAUGAAUUAAAGGUUCUGAAGGAAAUCUCUAUUGGAGACCUAAAGCCUAAUGAAACAGUUGAAGCAAAUCUGGAAGCACAACUACUCUCCAAAUUAGACCAUCCAGCCAUUGUCAAAUUUUAUGCAAGCUUUGUGGAGCGAGAUAGUUUCUGCAUUAUCACUGAGUACUGUGAGGGUGGAGAUCUAGACUAUAAAAUUCAAGAGUACAAAGAAUCUGGGAAAUUGUUCACACAAAGACAAAUAAUAGAGUGGUUUAUACAGUUGUUACUUGGAGUCAACUAUAUGCAUGAAAGGCGAAUACUUCACAGAGAUUUGAAAACCAAGAACAUAUUUUUGAAAAAUAAUCUUCUUAAAAUUGGAGACUUUGGAGUUUCUUGUCUUUUGAUGGGUUCAUGUGAUCUGGCAACAACAUUUACUGGGACGCCAUACUAUAUGAGUCCAGAGGCACUGAAACACCAAGGAUAUAACACAAAAUCUGAUAUUUGGUCUCUGGGAUGCAUUUUAUAUGAGAUGUGCUGCAUGAACCAUGCAUUUUCUGGACACAAUUUUUUGUCUGUUGUGCUAAAAAUUGUAGAAGGUGAUACACCUUCUCUUCCUGAUAGAUAUCCAAGCAAUCUGAAUGCUGUGCUGAGCAGCAUGUUAAAUAAGAAUCCUUCACUGAGACCAACAGCAGGAGAGAUCCUAAAAAACCCUUAUAUUGAUGAGCAGCUAAAGAAUAUACAGUACAAUUUCACAUGUAUGACUGCAAAAGACAAGGGGCUUAACUGGCAGAAAGGAGGUGCUCCCAUUUUUGAUGCUGUGCUGAGGAAAGUUCAUUUGCAAACUCUGCAGCAACUGUCUGAAGUACAGAAAAUGACACCACGGGAACGAAUGAGGCUGAGGAAGUUAAAUGCUGCAGAUGAGAAAGCCAAGAAGUUGAAACAGCUGGCAGAAGAAAAAUAUCAAGAGAAUGUCAAAAGAAUGCAAGAAUUCAGGUCCCGUAAUUUUCAGAAGCUGAAUGUCAAUGUCCUACAUGAAUCUGACGACCAGAUUUCAAAACCCCUAAUUGAUUCUCAGCUGGUCAUGACAUGUGACUCCACGUCCAUAGGAUGUGAUGAACCAAAUGGAAGUGAGAGAUUGAGUCAAUUUACGGACCAUGAGAUCCCUGAAGACCCGCAAAUUGCAGAAGAAUAUUAUAAUGAAGAGUUUGAAUCCUAUUCAGAAGACAGCGAAACAGAGGAUGUUGCAUUGUCACAGACUGUAUCUAAAACAAAUCAGGACAGUGAUAUUGAAGCAAUGGUCAAGCAUUUGGAGAGCAUCCUAAAUAAUAGCUCAUUGGGUUCGGCAACUGUCACCAGCAUGGCUUCAGGGGUGCCCAAGGGAUUCAGAGCCCUCAACAACACUAUGGCUGAGACCAAGUUGAACCGCAUGAGGGAAUCUGCCAUCCAGAAGCUGGGAGAAGAGGUAUUUGAGAAGGUAUACAGCUAUCUGAAGCAGGCGAGACAGCAGAAGGCCAGUGAGGAGGAGAUAACGAGACACCUGGAGAAACUGGUUCCUAGAGCAAGCGAUUGCUUUGAGGUGGAUCAGCUCCUCUACUUUGAGGAGCAGCUGCAAGAUUCAGCAUCAUAUCUUCAGCUGUAAAAUGUGCUGGUAACUGUACAGGAAAUAAUGAACAAGACUGACAGUGCUGAGCUGCUUGCUUCAGGCCAGCCAGCAAAUCCUGGAGGAGUCUGGAGGAAACUGCUGAGGGUAACUCAGAACAUAAACAGGUAGGCAGGCUCUUGGAGAGUCCAGUCUGUGCAGUGAGCAGCGGGUAAGUACAGUAUAGAUUACAAGGGUAGGAAGAAAAACUUAUAGAGUAGAGGGGAGAGUUCAUAAUUAUCAGUGCUCCCUUCACUGCUUAGGGAAAAUGGAAGAGUUUUCUUGGACACUAGCCAGCGUCACUGGCAAAGCUGCCUCUGAAGGCAGUGGUGCAGGAUUAGGCUCCAGCUGUUGUUUAUUUCUGCACUGACUGGCCCCUGUGGCAUUUAAGCACAUCUGUUUUGUACUAUGGCAGAAUACAAACGUGUGGCUAAGACCUGAAGACUUAUACAAUAGCUAACAUCUGCAGUGUGCUAAUCUACCACAGUUUAUGGCUAAACUGUCUUGUUACCAUUCAUUGUCUAAAGAACUGUAUUUAAUCUGUGUGUCUUUCAAAGGAACUGUGAAAAUAUAGAUCAUAGAAUCAGUGAAUGGCUUGGGUGGAAAGGACCUUAAAGGUCAUGAAGCUCCAACCCCUGCCAUGGGUGUGCACAGGCACUUCCCACCAGAUCAAGCUGCCCAGGGCCCUGUCGUACCCAGUCUUGAAUGUUUCCAGGCAUGGGGCA